AAUACCCACCACAAGGCUUCACCGCCGGUCGGCUUCCACAUCCUAAUUCUCCAGCUCGCUCUCGCUAUAGCUACCUCUUGCUGCCGCUCUCUACCUGACAGCUCGCUUCCUAGCUAGGGUUCGCUAACGGGAGCUGACGGCGAGCUGGCUGGCUGGCCGGAGAAUACGAGCGAGCUCCGCGGCGGCGGGAUCUGCUUGCUCGUCGGCCGGGAGCUAAAGGAAUUGGACAAAGGUGGUCAAUUCUUGAAUGAGCCACAGCCUAGCUAGCUUGGAAUUUCCUAGGUGAUCCAACCCAUUAUCCAUAUUAUUCAGAGAGAAAGUCUUGUACCUUCAGGUGGCUUCCUCUGUCGUCUAACGUAAUUCCCAAAGAGCAACGGCGAAGCUAGCGGACGAUCCAUCAAGAUGAGAUGCGCGUCGUCGUCGGAGACCAGUUGAGAUGAUGAGCGGCAAUAACCAGCAGCAGUCGGCGGAGGAGCAGCACGAGCUAGCGCGGAAGCACGCGGCUGCGGUGGCGACGUCGCGGCAAUGGUCGUCCCAGACGGAGUCGAGGAUCGUGCGCGUGUCCCGGGUCUUCGGCGGCAAGGACCGCCACAGCAAGGUGAAGACCGUCAAGGGACUCCGCGACCGGCGGGUACGGCUGUCGGUGCCGACAGCGAUCCAGCUCUACGACCUGCAGGACCGCCUGGGCCUUAACCAGCCCAGCAAGGUCGUUGACUGGCUGCUCAACGCCGCCCGCCACGAGAUCGACAAGCUGCCGCCGCUCCAGUUCCCGCCGCAUCAGGUCGACCUCAUGGACCACAUGAUGACCUCCUCCUCCAUGCCGCUCAUGCCGCACGUCGACGACAAGUUUUGCCACUUCGCGGCGGCCGCCGGCGAAGGCGUGAAGCCCGGGGCCGAGGACGUGGGGAGGUUCGGAUACCACCGGUUCAUGGGGCUCAACAGCAACUCCUUGGGUAUUGUCAACGGCGGGAUGCCUUACAACUUCACCGGCAGCGAGUCAUGGAAUAACAACAGCGUGCAGGAGAGUAGCGGCGCAGGCUCGCCGCAGGCCGUCUCGAUCGCUGCGGCGGCUCACCACUCGACGUUCCCGUCGUUACUCUCCUUGGCUCCGAGGUCUCAUCAGCUGGUGUACUAUUCGUCGGAGGCCGAUCAGUUCCCAGUAGACGACCUGGGCUCACAAAACUUGUCCUUGAGCUCCGCUAGAGCUUUCCAUGAUCAGACGGAAAGCUAGCUACUUGGCUCGAAUGCUAGAUCGAUACCCUGCAGAAGAAGGUGCUGGUGCUGAUGAAUCGCUGGUAUAGUUUGCAACUCUUCCAUCCACAGGAGUAGGACUUAAUAAUGCUCUCCCAAAGCACAAGGUAGGUUGACCAAGUGUGUGCGUUGGGUUUUUCAAGCAUAUACUCUUUUCUAUGGGGCAAGCUUACAAUUUGCUGGUUAAGAAAAUGUUUUAUGCUUGAAAAUAUCCUUAAUUUGGCUUUGAAAGUAGAGCAAUGCUAGCUGGGCUUGAUGAGUGUGUGUGCAAAACAAAUUCGUUACUUCUUUAUAUAUACAGGGAAGUAAUUGGUGUGUAUGGCUUUUGUGUAAUAAUAUUUUGAAAAUUUCGAACAUUAUGUAGCAUUUUUUUAAUGAAACAAUGCAUAUCUGGGUAUUUUGUUGAGUAUGUUA